GGAAGGCAAACGCGUUGGCUACGCUGUGCUAAAAAAGGCGUGUUCGGAAGGAUUAAAACCCCGGUGUCCUUUGUGUCUGACUAACUGGUCUACAAAUACUAAUGAUCAGUUAUUUUUGAUGCAUGGAGAUUUGUAGAUCAGUCUGCAGUGGCUUUCAUUUUUGAUUCAAUCGAUGUCUAAAAUGUCUCAAAGGCAAAUCUAUAUCUGGAACCAUUACCAUAUUUGGAGAUGAAGCGUGGGUUGAUCUGAACCUGCAACUUGGCCAGACAGGUGUUCAGUGUUGUUGCAGCGUCAGUGCACCCCAGCCCGGGUGCCAUGUUCCUCAGUUACAUAUGAGCUCUACUAUGUGGUACAUCAUGCAAUCUAUUCAGAGUAAAUAUUCCUUGUCCGAGCGGCUCAUCCGCACCAUCGCAGCCAUUCGCUCUUUCCCACAUGACAAUGUGGAAGAUCUGAUUCGAAGGGGCGCCGAUGUGAACCGUAUGCACGGCACCCUGAAACCCCUUCACUGUGCCUGUAUGGUGGCGGAUACGGACUGUGUUGAGCUGUUGUUGGAGAAGGGGGCGGAGGUGAACGCCCUGGAUGGCUACAACCGCACAGCGUUGCACUACGCGGCGGAGAAAGACGAGGGCUGCGUGGAGCUCCUGCUGGAGUACGGCGCCCUGCCCAACGCCCUGGAUGGCAACAAGGACACGCCACUGCACUGGGCCGCCUUCAAGGACAACCCGGAGUGCGUCAGGGCCCUGCUGGAGAGCGGCGGCUGCCCCAACGCCCGGGACUACAACAACGACACGCCGCUGAGUUGGGCCGCCAUGAAGGGCAACCUGGAGAGCGUCCGCGUUCUCCUGGAGUACGGCGCCCAGGUGCGCGUCACCAACCUCAAGGGCCAGACGCCCAUCUCCCGCCUGGUGGCCCUGCUGGCCCGCGGCCUGGGCACUGAGCAGGAGGAGAGGUGUCUGGAGCUCCUGUGCCGGGCGGCGGGGCGGUUUGAGAUCCGCCGGGCCGAUGGGACCUUGCCCAAGGAGCUCAGUAAGGACCCCCAGCUCCUGGCCAAGCUGACCGGCAUGGUGUCUGAGGCACCGACGCUGCGCUCCUUGACCCGGUGUGUGGUCAGACAGAGCCUGGGUGUGAGGUUCCUGCCCACCGCCGUCAAAGAGCUGCCUUUACCGGAGUCAGUCAAAGAGUAUUUACUGCUGAGAAACUGAGUUCACGGGGACGGGGACGGGGAUGGGGG